GUGUUAGUUGUGGUGUGACUGUUUUCAUGAUGCAGGUUAGACAGUGGUUUGUUGCCUUAGCUUUAUUCAUAAGCUAUGCGACACCUCAAAGUACACCUGUUUUCGGGAAGCUAUCACAAACAAAAUCCAAUGGACGUUUUGGAAAAAACAGUGCCACAACUCAGAACUCAAAACCUGCCACCAUUCAAAGUAAAAGUAGAAUUUCAUCACUGGAAAAUCCUGAAGUGUCAGUACCAGAUACAACAUUUUCAAUUGAGAAAAAUCCUAAGACCGGAAAAUUAGAUUUAGUUAUUACUGAGAGACAGCUCUUACCAAUGGACCGAAAAUUUCCUGCAUCGCCUGAAGCAAGUCAACUACCUCCAUCAAACCAUUCUCCACUGGCUAUGGAGGUAAUACGCUUGCUGGAUUCUGGGAUUCGGGAUAAUGAAAUUGAUAUAAUAGAUCCUCAUACUGGUGAGGUAAUAGGUAAACUGUCUCAUCAGAAGACACCAUCUGGUAAGGAUCAAAUUAUUCAAUAUCCAGAAAGAAAUCUUCCAGGACCAAGUUAUCCAAUGAAAUUACCGCUCAAAGAAAGGUAUGAUGCGAGACUUCAAAAUGAACGUGGGCAAUCGUAUCCUGAAUACAAAACAGACAAUCAAUUGCAUAACAAAGAUUUCAAAAUUAAUCUUUUAUCGCAAGUUCAGAAUGAUUUCGUAAUGAACCAUAAAAAUGAACAUGUGGUUGUUGAUUCUAAUAAUGCAAUAUCUGUAGGCAGACAACUGGACAUGCCUGUCAUUUUGGAUUUUAGUAACGCAUUUCAAAACGACAAGAUCAUUGUUUCUCCAAACAGCAGAUCUCCAGUGAUCACUCAGAUACCAACAGAUCAUCGUAUUUCACGCUCACGUUUACAAUCGUCACAAGUCACCAAAAAGAACUCACAGAACUUAGAACAGUCAGUUAUGCAACUAAAAAGAAUCGCCAUGUUAGGGGCUAAAACAAAACAUUCUAUCUCGCCUUCAGUUUCCAAUACAGCCAAUUCAUUAUCUGUAAGUCCAGCUUUGAAGGCAAUUUUGAAUUGGGUACGCGAAAAUGCCAAUCGUUUCAAAACUAUGACAAAGAAAGCUAGUAUUAUGUUAUCUAAACACAGUAAAUGGAACAACAGGGGUAAGCUUCAAUCCAUGAGAAGGGGAAUAUUAUCGAGAGAAGGAUCGAGAGGGCAUACAGGGGAGAACAGAAAAGCACAAAAACAAUUUAUCAUGAAACCAUACAAAGUACAGUUACUUUCCUUUAGUAAAUCUCCGUCAGGAAAUGUGAAAGGGAGGAUUUUUGAGGGUGAUAGAAAUAGAUUAUCUGCCACACGAGGUGGACGACCAACGGAACUAGCAUAUCACAAAGCGCCAAACUAUCAUGCAAGAACAGGUUUAUCCCGAAAAGGAGGGUAUUAGAGAACGAAAUAGCGAGAGAAAAACAUGAAUUCCAUUGCAAAGAAGACAAUAGUGUUUCUCGACAAUCACAUAUUUGGUAUCAGGAUUAUAAAACCUUUUUGAACCAUGAUAAAUAGAAGACAGACUGUUCGUUAUUCAAAGUUUAUAGCAUAUUCAAAAGUACCAUUGAACAUAUAAACUGCAAAUAACACUAGUUACCUUAUUCAAGGGAAUUGAUAUGCUAGUACUUACAUAUUAUUCAUUGACAACUAAAUACGAUAUUUUGUUAUUUUUAAAACAGUUGUUCGUAUACAAAAUAAACAUAAUCCCUGGU